UAUCCAGAGAAAGAGAUAUUAACCCACAAAAACUCUCCCCGAAGUCCGAAAUCAGAGGCGCACAAGGACUGAACUUAUAAAAACCCAGAACCCCAACAGUAAACCAGGAAAAAAGCAGAAAUGGAAACCGGUCAGCCAAGCGGGACUCUCUCAGGAGACGAUCUUUCCUCUCUGUCAUCAACCCCGGCAACCACCAUCUCACGGUGGUCCUUCGCUGUCUCACGGCGGUACCAACACUUUCUUGACAAAACGGUCCCUCACAUCCUCUACCGUUGGAUCUCCUGCUUAGUCGUAGUAUUGAUUUAUGCAAUCCGCGUCUACCUUGUUCAAGGCUUCUACAUAGUCACAUACGGUCUUGGUAUUUACUUGCUUAAUCUCUUGAUUGGAUUUUUGUCCCCCCAAAUUGACCCUGAGAUCCAUGACGGCCCCACUCUUCCUACUCGCGGAUCCGAUGAGUUUCGUCCUUUCGUUCGCCGGUUGCCCGAAUUCAAGUUCUGGUAUUCAAUUACGAAGGCGUGUUGUAUUGCCUUUGUAAUGACAUUUUUCUUCGUGUUUGAUGUGCCGGUGUUUUGGCCGAUAUUACUUAUUUACUGGGUCAUGCUAUUCCUUCUUACUAUGAGGAGACAGAUUUCCCAUAUGAUCAAGUAUAGAUAUGUUCCAUUCUCUACUGGUAAACAGCGAUAUGAUGGAAAGAAGGGACCUUCCACCGAAACUGCUGAUCUAUCUAAGGAAUGAAUUUAAUAGGCUGAGCGUUUUGAAGGCUAUGGUGGUUGUAGAAUUGUUUUGAAGGCCAAUUUUGAUUCAUUCAAUGAUUGUUUCUUCUUACUAAGAUUCCCCAUAUAUUACUCAGCUAGCUUGGCCUGUGGAAAGCCAAGUGGUUCAUGAUGCUCAUUUUUCACAAGGAUUACUUUUGUAUAGAAGUGGGCAUGCCGCAUUUCUUUUGCUAAAUUAUUACUUUACUGACUUGUAGUCUACUGAGGGACAUGCCAGUCGGUGCAUUAGGAUUAUGCUUAGUCUAGUUAUAAAUUGUUCGUUUCUCAUCAAUGGAAAAUGCCAUUUUUCACCCA